GUAGAAUAACAAAAUAAAAGUGAUUCAAAUUAAAGACCACUUUAUUCAAGAAUUUAAAAUCUUUACAAUUUGAAAUGUCUAGCAUUGACCUGUUAAAAAAAGAGCUAAGGAGAGAGUUUCCUAAUAUUGACAAGGAUUUACAAAAUUAUGUUGAAGGAGUUCUCGAAUCAAGUGUAGAAGAUUUUGAAUCCAGUGAGGAAAUUUAUGAAGCAAUAGGAGAGAUUUUACAAGAAGUAUCAAGUGAAAAAUCUGUUGACGACAUCCGCUUGAUUUGUGAUAAGCUUCAUCUUAUCAUAAAGCCUGAAAAUGAGAAAUCAAACGAUAAAACAAAUAAAAUUCUGAAGUCGCCAAUUUUUCUGGGUCAGAAAGUAACAACCUUAGAAAAUGAUUUUGGAAAUAUGAAGAGUCUAUGGCUGCAACAGAAAAACGAUUCCUUGAAAGUUGAUAAAGUUAAAUUGGAAAAAGCUGAGGCAAAGCUUCAACAAAAACAAGGGAAAAGAGAUGGAAACAAACCUUCGGCUCCAACAGUGCCGAUAAUGCAAACUGCAUCAGCUUCUCAGGUUUUAAGUAAGAAGGAUUCUAAGAUAGAAGCAAAAGGACAAAACAGAUCUAUGGAUAUCAGAAUAGAAAGUUUUGAUAUAGCAUUUGGUGACCGUGUACUUUUGAGUGGUGCUGAUUUAUUAUUAGCCAGCGGAAGACGUUAUGGACUUGUUGGACGAAACGGAUUGGGUAAAACGACUCUUCUAAAAUUGCUUAGUUCGAGACAGUUACAAUUGCCUUCUCAUAUAAGCAUUUUACAUGUGGAACAAGAGGUUGUAGGAGAUGAAACUCUUGCAAUCGAUUCGGUUCUCGAAUGUGAUGAAAAACUUAUGGAACUUUGGCGGAAAGAAAAAGAGCUAUCUAAAGAUCCUCAUAAGAGUUCUGAACUUACUGAAGUCUAUCAGCAACUUCAAUUGAUGGAAGCUGAUAAAGCUCCUGCUCAUGCGUCAAUAAUUUUAAAUGGCUUAGGAUUCAGCAAAGAAAUGCAAACUUCAGCUACAAAAACUUUCAGUGGAGGUUGGAGAAUGCGUUUAGCCCUGGCUCGCGCUCUUUUUUCUCGUCCUGACCUUCUUCUGCUGGAUGAACCUACUAAUCAAUUAGAUAUAAAAGCGAUUAUUUGGUUGGAAAAAUAUUUACAACGAUGGCCAACAACAUUAUUAGUUGUAUCGCACGAUCGAAACUUCCUUGAUUCGGUCCCAACAGACAUUCUUUACCUCCACUCACAGAGAAUUGAUGCUUAUAGGGGAAAUUAUGAGAAUUUUGAGCGAACUAGAACUGAAAGACUCAAAGCACAACGAAGAGAAUGGGAAGCUCAAAUGGCUCACCGUGCUCAUGUUCAAGAAUUUAUUGAUCGUUUCAGAUAUAAUGCAAAUAGAGCAGCAAGUGUCCAAUCAAAAAUUAAAAUGCUGGAAAAAUUACCUGAACUUAAGCCAGUUGAAAAGGAAAACGAAGUGAUUUUGAAAUUUCCAGAUGUUGAUUAUUUAAGUCCUCCUGUCCUCACAUUAGAUGAAGUUAGUUUUCGUUAUCCAAACACAAAUCAGGAUAUAUUUAGUAAAGUAAAUUUGGGGGCCAAUUCAGAAUCAAGAAUUGUUAUUGUUGGAGAAAAUGGCGCAGGAAAAUCAACACUACUGAAAAUUAUAUUGGGAGCUUUAUCACCUACAAGUGGCCUCAUUCAUCAUCAUCGUGGUCUCAAAUUUGGCUAUUUCUCGCAACAUCAUGUUGAUCAAUUAGAGAUGGAUGUAUCAAGUGUUCAACUUCUUCAGAAAGAGUUUCCUGGAAAGUCAAUAGAAGAGUAUCGAAGACAAUUGGGAAGCUUCGGUGUUGGAGGAGAACUUGCUACUCAAAUUGUUGCCAGUUUAAGUGGAGGUCAAAAGUCUCGUGUUGCUUUUGCUAAAAUGUGCAUGGCUCAACCUAAUUUUCUUAUUUUGGAUGAACCGAAUAAUCACUUGGACAUUGAAUCAAUUGAAGCUCUUGGGACAGCAAUUAAAAAAUUUACUGGAGGCGUAAUUUUGGUAUCUCACGAUGAACGAUUAAUACGAAUGGUGGUAAAAGAUCUUUGGGUUUGUUCACAAGGAAGUGUGAGAUCUGUUGAAGCCAUGCACACUGUAUUAACUCGAGGUAAUGCCAUAUUGGCAUAUACUCUUAGUGUAUUAGCAUGUUUAACGUUUUGCUGUUUUAUUUCUACGGUAUUUCUUGAUUAUCGCACUAAUGUGAAAAUCAAUACUGUGAAAACUUUGGUUAAAAAUGUUCCCAAUUAUGGUGCAAGUAAAGAACUCCAUGAUCUCGGAUUCAUAACAUUUGAUUUGCAGACAGAUUUAAGCGGCAUGUUCAAUUGGAAUGUUAAACAACUUUUUCUCUAUCUAACUGCUGAGUACAAAACAGAAGCAAAUCAACUGAAUCAAGUUGUGUUAUGGGAUAAAAUAAUUCUACGAGGAGAAAAUGCUAUAUUAGACUUCAAAAAUAUGAAUACAAAAUAUUAUUUUUGGGAUGAUGGAAAUGGUCUAAGAGCUCACAAAAAUGUCACACUUACUUUAUCUUGGAAUAUUAUUCCAAAUGCAGGCUUACUGCCAACAUUAUUCGGAAUUGGUCAGCAUUCUUUCAAAUUUCCUGAACAAUAUACAGUGAACCCUGUUUAAAUGUAGGCACAACUAAUGAAACUCCAUAAUAAAAAAAAAAAAAUUUCAUAUUUUGAACCGACUGCUUUAAUACGAAUGUUAUCCAAA